AUGUCACACCCCAAGCCUAACGUCAUGGCACCCGCCGCAUCGAAUGGACAGUACCAACACUUUGUCCCCCAGUUCCUUCUCAAGAACUUUGCCCACAGGGUCCCCAAAGUGCCCAAAGGACCCAAAGGAACUCCGAAGCCCAAGUAUGGGAAGGGCAUGUUUCCAGGAGACCUGGUAAUCAGCAACCUCGACUUAACCCAGGACGCUGCCGCCUUCACCGAGAAGCCCGUUUCCAGGAUUUUGGGGCAGAUCAACAUGUACGACGACUUCACGAAGCCCAACGGGGAGCAAAGACAGGUCGAGAAGUUGCUCUCCAAACUGGAGGCCCAGGCAGCACACAUCUUCACCAAGAUCACAAAGGCAUAUGAAGCGAAAGAGGGUGGAGUUGUUCUCACCCGGGACGAGCGAAACUUGAUUCGCAAGUUUCUCUUCCUCAUGAAGUACCGCGGCCAUCGGUUUCAUACCCGCUUCUUCCACGAAAGACCCGAGGCAUAUUCCGAGAACGACCGGGAACUUCUUCGCGAGUACAUGGAAGAACAUCCGCAAUUCAAAACCCCUAUGCAGGUCUGGUUGCACAAUAUCGAAACACUCAUCAACCUUGAGAUGGACCCGGAGCUGAACUGGAUACGUGAGCUUCCAAAGAAGAUGUACUACAACGAUGCUAUGUGGUUUGUUACGCAUGUGCAGAGUUCUUACAUGGCUCUGUGCGUACCAUCCGAAGCGGAGAACGAGUUCAUCCUCGCAGACAAUAGCUAUUCGGUGCAUGAAGGGCCGAACAAAUAUGCCCGAGACAUCAAAUCGGACAAGGAAGAAGCCCUUGGCUACGUGGAGCUCCAUACCUUUGCGCCGAUAUCUCCAAAGAUCAUGGUAGUUCUUCGCUCUUUGAUUUUACCUAACCCACUUGAAGACCAAUCUCCCGAGGUCAAAGAGGAAAGGGAUUUCCAAAGGUCUUUGGUGAUGGAUCCUUAUGGCCAUGUCAACGGCAUGUUGGCUGAUCUGCCUGUACGCAAGGCAGAAAACAGUUACAGCGAGAUUGUGAAUGGCCGCCUGGUCUUUCAAGAGGGCUAUGAUGGACGGAGAGGAAAGGAUGAUAAGUUCCGCUUUCCCUUCUUCCCGAUCGAAAGCCAACAUGUCAACAUCAUCAACUCAAUCUUUCUCGACAAUUGUCUACGCUGCACCAGUCUUGUUUACAAUUCUAAGCAGGCAUUCGCAAGGACACUGGAGUGGUAUUUGACUGCUCCUCCUCUUGAGAUUGGGAAGAUAUUCACGGGGGAAGAUAAGGAGGAUCGUCUCAAGAGACUCAAGAAGCUGGAAGCAGUGUCACGUUCUCUGGGCUCGGAGAAGGCUGCAUUAUGGGUAAUGCCUACCCUUCCACCAACAGUCCAGGAUCAUGAGAAGAUUCGGCUUCGGCACCUGGAACGACAUCGCGAAUACAAAAAGGCAUUGGUGAAUGAUGAGAGAAAGCCGGAUGACGAGGCUUUCUUCAAGUCAAUCAAGGAACUACAUGCACUGACACGGGGCUUAUCGGAAGCUGACGCCUCCUUUCUGGACGACUACGAACUGCUAGGCGGGUCCUAUGAUACCAUAGAGAAGGACAUUGAUCAAGUCGUAAGGAUGAAAAUCUUGAGGAUAAAGAUUGACUCAUGGUCCAACGGAAUAGACGAAGGGAUUCGCCAACGCAAUCGGGAGUUACUUGUCAGCGAAUACCUUCGCUUGCCCAGCCACAGAUUGUGGUUGUACAUACAAUCAGAGAGGGAUAUGGUCAUGAAUCACGAAGGCAUCGACUUGCUCAGUCCGCAGAUGGACUGGCCUGGGAUGCCUGAAAGAGCCAUCGUACACGCUAAGGAUCUGAUCAAACCAGAUAGACUGAACCCCCUAAUGUACACAGCCUUCAAGAUCGACACCAAAUUUCGACAACAGGCGCCUCUGAACGGUUGGACCGAUUUCACGCCGUUUACUCAAAGUGCCGGAACUAUCAUGAAUUGUGGAAUCCAGCAAAUUGAAGACCUAGCCAAGUCGACCGACCUUCUGUCUAUGGCCAUAGUCGCGGACGUUACUCUCAGAAACGCCGAUCCCACCCUGAACUCUCAAUUCAAGCCCCCUGAGCGCCUCGAGCUCAUCGUCCGCUCGACCUGCCGUGAGAUGUUCGCCACCAUCAUGGAACCGGAGCGGAUCAAGCACAACCUUAGCCGACAGGUGAUCGAAGACCUGGAGAAAGUGCUCUUCACGCUCGUUUAUUCCACUCCCCCGUGA